GUCGCGUCGUCACGUUGCGGUAAUAACAAACAUGGCGGGGCUCAGCUCAGCGCGGUGCUUGCUCCGGAGCUGCUCCCGGAUUAAACACGUCGAGAGAAGCACACACACGUUGAUGAGAUGUGGCGUCAGGACGUUCUGCGGCGGGGCUCAGGACACAGACAAUGUAAGGCCCCAGUUCACAGAUGCAGCUGUGCAGGACAUCCUCAGCAGGAUAACGGGCCUGGACCUGCAGAAAGUGUUCCGACCCAUCCAGCAGAAGCUGAAUCCGCCCACUUACAAACUCAUGACUGACGAACAAGUGGAGCAGGCCAUCAUGGGAGCCACAGAGAAGGCGAAGAAGCUGCUGCAGAUGCCCCCCGUCCUGCCGGAGAGGAAGCCCAUCAGUGACGUUCUGUCUGAGGAUAAGAUGCUGGAGGGCAUGGACACGGCUAAAUACGUCUUUACAGACAUCACAUACGAUAUCCCACACAGGGAGAGGUUCAUUGUUGUACGGGAGCCCAACGGGACUCUUCGGAAGGGGAGCUGGGAGGAGAGAGACCGGCUUGUUCAGGUCUACUUCCCCAAGGAGGGACGCAAGCUCACAGCCCCCCUCAUCUUCAAGGAAGAGAAUAUGAAAAUGGUGUUUACUCAGGACCGGCACGAGGAUGUGUUGGACCUGUGUCUGGUCCAGUUUGAACCAGACUCCUCAGAAUACAUCAGGGUGCACGCUGCCGCCUAUGAGGACCUGGAAAAGCAUGGCAAGUACGAGCUGCUGUGCUCCACCAGACACUUAGGAGGAAUGGCCUGGUACCUGGUCAACGCUCGCAGGGUCGACGGGCUCAUAGUGGACAUGCUGAAGAGAGGGCUGUUUAAGGAUGCCGUGAGCCUAGUGUCUCUGUUCCACAUGGUCCACCCCAACAGUGAGUCAGCCCAGGAGGCUGCCAGCCAACAGGCCACUGGUACUGACCUGCUUAAGAUCUAUGCCCAGAUGGAGUCCCAGAGGUCGGGCUACAUUGAACUGGCCCUGCAGGCAUACGAACAGACGGCUGCUGAAGAAUCUGCUGCUUGACUCACUCACUCCUAGACAGAAAUAUACAAAUUCAAUGAAGAGGAGCACCGGGAACCACUUCCUGAAAAAUGGACUGACAGAAUUGUCUGUUAAUUAACUGUUUGGGUCAAAGAGUAGUGACAUGUGCUUCUCGACUUGAAAAAAUAACUCUCUUUACUUAACAGCCGUCAAUUUGAAAAGAAAAAGCUUUAACUCAUCUUGUCCAAUGAACAGUCUGUUAGUACAACAUGUAGAGAAAUUAUCUGUAUGUGUUUUACAUUUGGAGCUCAUAGUCAAACCUGAAAUAUAAAAUCAUUCAUUCAUUCUUUCAUAAAAGUAGGCAAAAGUUAGGGGGCACAAUUAAACUACUUUUCAUGCACAAGACACAAAAUAUAAAAAAUGUCAUAAGACCGGUCAUGUGCGGUUUUCGACCACGGUUUGGACCCUCAAAUGUGUCGACAGACAAAAAGAGUGGAGAACAUUCGGGUCUCAGGCCCUAAUGAUGUACAUAACAAAAUAAAGAUCUUUGUACGUA